AUGGUCGAGCUGCCCCGCCUAUCCAGAGAUGGUCUGAGUAUAACCAAAGCGACAGACGAGGAUGUGCCAAUUAUUCAAUCCAUGGUCGAAGCCGCAUACGCCAAGUACAUCGAUCGCAUCGGCAAGCGGCCAGCCCCGAUGGACGAAAAUUACCACCAAGCCAUAUACACCCACACGGUCCUUACCCUGAGAGGAGGGGAUGGCCAAGUACUCGGCGCAAUAGUUCUCGAAAUUGAACCGUCCUUGGAUUCCGUCAAAAUUGAUAACUUGGUGGUUCAUCCCGCAGCCCAAGGUCGUGGGUGUGGACGGGUUCUGAUGGAUUAUGCUGAGGAAGUUGCCCGGUCGCAGGAUUACCGAGCGCUGACACUUUAUACAAAUGUCAAGAUGUAUGAGAACCUCGGCGUAUAUAUGAAGAUGGGAUUUUUCGAGACUGAAAGGAAGCAUGAAGAUGGCUUUGAUCGGGUUUAUUUUCGCAAAAAUCUCCACUGA